AUGUUGCAUGUGUUCCCGGAGGGGAAGCCCAACCCACUGCAGGACGCGAACCUCUGCUCACGCCUGGUAUUCUGGUGGAUAAAUCCCUUGUUUAAAAUUGGUCACAAACGGAGAUUACAAAAAGAUGACAUGUACUCGGUGCUUCCGGAAGAUCGCUGCCAGCACCGUGGAGAAGAGCUGCAAGGGUACUGGGAUCAGGAAGUGAAGAGAGCUGAGAAAGAUGCACGGGAGCCUUCUUUAAUGAAAGCAAUCAUAAAGUGUUACUGGAAAUCCUAUUUGCCUUUUGCAAUUUUUAAGCUUUUUGAGGAAAUCUUCAGAGUACUGUUACCUACAUAUUUUGAGGAUUUACUUACUUACUUUCAAAAGUUUGAUCCCUCUGAUUCUGGGGCUUUGUUCAAAGCCUAUGGCUACACUGCUGUAAUGAAUGUCUGCCUUGUCAUUUGGGCAGUUCUGGUGCACUUUUUCUUCUAUUACGUUCAGCGUAUAGGAAUGAGAUUAAGAGUAGCCAUGUGCCAUAUGAUUUACUGCAAGUCCCUUCGCCUGAAUAACUCAGCCAUAAGGAAGACCACCACAGGCCAGAUAGUCAACCUGCUGUCCAACGAUGUGAACAGGUUUGACAGGGUAACGGCACUCUUGCACAUCCUGUGGAUUGGGCCACUUAUGGCUAUCACAGUGAUCAUCCUGAUCUGGAUGGAAAUAGGAAUAUCAUCUCUUGCUGGGAUGGCACUCCUCAUUAUUUUUAUGCUUUUGCAAAUCUUCUCUGGGAAGUUGUGUUUAUCACUCCGGAGUAAGAUCGCAGCCUUCACAGACACCAGGCUCAGGGCCAUGAAUGAAGUUAUAACUGGCAUCAGAACAAUAAAAAUGUAUGCUUGGGAAAAGUCAUUUGCAGAGCUUAUUACCAGAUUGAGAAGGAAGGAAAUUUCCAAGAUUCUGAGAAGUUCCUACCUUGAUGGAAUGAAUUUGAUAUUCUUUGACAUUUCAAGCAAAGUCAUCCUUUUUGUCACCUUUACCACCUAUGUGCUUCUUGGCAACAUGAUCACAGUUAGCCAAGUGUUUUUGGCCAUAACACUGUACCAAGCUGUGAAGUUUACAGGCAUCCUCCUCUUCCCCACGGCCAUCGAGAGCGUAGCAGAAACAAUUGCCAGUGUCCAAAGAAUCAAGAACUUUCUGUUACUUGAUGAGCUACCACAGUGCAAUCAUCAGCUGCCAUCAGACGGUAAAACAAUUGUGAACAUGCAAGAUUUCACUGCUUUUUGGGAUAAGGAAUUAAGAACCCCAACACUACAAGGCCUUUCCUUUACUGUCAGACCUGGUGAACUGUUAGCUGUGGUAGGACCUGUGGGCGCCGGAAAGUCCUCUCUGUUAGGCGCUGUGCUGGGGGAGCUGCCCCCGAGCCAGGGGAAGGUCAGCGUGCACGGGAGGAUUGCGUAUGUUUCUCAGCAGCCCUGGGUGCUCUCAGGAACUGUGAGAAGUAACAUUUUAUUUGGGAAGAAGUAUGAAAAGAAACGAUAUAUGAAAGUUAUAAAGGCUUGCGCUUUGGAAAAGGAUUUACAAUUUCUGGAAAAUGGAGAUCUAACUGUUGUAGGAGACCGAGGAACCACACUAAGUGGAGGGCAGAAAGUCCGGGUCAGCCUUGCAAGAGCUGUGUAUCAGGAUGCAGACAUCUACCUCCUGGAUGAUCUGCUCAGUGCAGUGGAUGCAGAAGUCAGCAGGCACUUGUUUGAACAGUGUAUUUGCCAAGUCUUGCAUGAGAAGAUCACAAUCUUAGUUACUCAUCAGUGGCAGUACCUAAAAGAUGCAAGUCAAAUUCUGCUAUUGGAGAAGGGUGAAAUGGUACAAAAAGGGACUUAUGCUGAGUUACUGAAAUCCGGGGUAGAUUCUGCUUCCUUUUUAAAGAAGGAGAUUGAGGAGACUGAACCAUCUCCAGUUCCUGAAUCUCCCACUAUGAGGACUCAGACAUCCUCCAAGUCUUCAGUUCAGUCUCAACAGUCUUCCACACCCUUGUUGAAAGAUGCAGCUGCAGACGACCAAGAUACUGAGAAUAUACAGGAUACACUAUCUGAGGAGAGACAUUUAGAAGGAAAAGUUGGUUUUAAGACCUACAAGAAUUACUUCAGAGCUGGUGCUCACUGGUCUGUCAUCAUUUUCCUUAUUCUAGUAAACAUAGCAGCUCAGGUUGCCUACAUCCUGCAGGAUUGGUGGCUUUUAAACUGGGCAAAUGAACAGCAUACUCUGAAUAUCAUGGCAUAUGAAAAAGGAAAUAUAACGGAGAUGCUUGAUCUAAACUGGUACUUAGGAAUUUUUUCAGGUUUAACUGUAUCUACUAUCCUUUUUGGUGUCACAAGAUGUCUGUUGGCAUUGUACAUCCUUGUUAAUUCUUCACAAACUUUGCACAACAAAAUGUUGAAGUCCAUUUUGAGAGCUCCGGUAUCAUUCUUUGAUAGAAAUCCAGAGGGUGAAUCUUCAAUAACAUUUCUACAACUGAUUGGUGUGUUGGGUGUGGUGGUGGUGGUGAUUCCUUGGAUUGCUAUACCUGUGAUUCCCCUCGUCGUCAUUUUCUUUUUUCUUCGGCGGUAUUUCUUAGAGACGUCACGAGAUGUGAAACGCCUGGAAUGUUCAACACAGAGCCCAGUGUUUUCCCACUUAGCUUCUUCUCUCCAAGGACUCUGGACCAUCCGGGCCUACAAAGCUGAGCAGAGGUUUCAGGAACUGUUUGACUCACACCAGGACUUGCAUUCAGAGGCCUGGUUCUUGCUUUUGACUAUAAACCGAUGGUUCUUUUUGCGUCUCGAUAUCAUCUAUUUUAUCUUCAUCUGUCUUGUUGACUUUGGGUCCCUGCUUCUUGCACAAACUUUGAACGUUGGGCAGGUUGGCCUGAUACUGUCCUAUGCCCUCAACAUCAUGGUGGUGUUCCCAUGGUGCAUCAGGCUAAGUGUUGAAGUUGAGACUAUGAUGAUUUCAGUAGAAAGGGUGAUAGAAUAUACAGAGCUUGAGCAAGAAGCACCCUGGGAACUCGAGUUUCGUCCGCCACCAGACUGGCCCAACAAUGGAAUGAUUGCCUUGAGCAAUGUGAACUUCAAGUACAGCUCAGAUGGGCCUCUGGUAUUGAAGGACCUGACAACAGACAUUAAACCAGGAGAAAAGGUUGGCAUCGUGGGAAGAACAGGAGCUGGAAAAAGUUCUUUCAUUGCUGCCCUCUUUAGAUUGUCAGAGCCUGAAGGUAGAGUUUGGAUUGAUAAGAUCUUGACAACCGAAAUUGGACUUCAUGAUUUAAGGAAGAAAAUGUCAAUCAUACCUCAAGACCCUAUUGUGUUCACUGGAACAAUGAGGAAAAAUCUGGAUCCCUUUAAUAAACAUACAGAUGAGGAACUAUGGAAUGUCUUAGAAGAGGUACGACUUAAAGAAAUAAUUGAAGAGCUUCCUGAUAAAAUGAAUACUGAAUUAGUAGAAUCUGGAUCAAACUUAAGUGUUGGGCAGAAACAACUGGUGUGCCUUGCCAGGGCUAUUCUCAGAAAAAAUCAGAUAUUGAUUAUUGAUGAAGCCACAACACAUGUGGAUCCAAGCACUGAUGAGUUAAUACAAAAAAAGAUCCGUGAGAAAUUUGCACAGUGUACUGUGCUAACCAUCGCACAAAGGUUGAGCACCAUUAUUGACAGUGACAGGAUAAUGGUUUUUGAUUCAGGAAGACUGGAAGAAUAUGAUGAGCCAUAUGUUUUGCUGCAAAAUAGAGACAGCCUGUUUUACAAGAUGGUGCAACAACUGGGUAAGGCCAAGGCUGCUGCCCUCACUGAAACAGCAAAACAGCUUACGGAAAAUGAAAUUGUCAUCAGGACAAAUCAAGAACUCACAGUACCUUCACACUGUAGUCUGAAUGGUGCCUGA